AUGACUCAGUUGGGAGCAGACAAAGUCCCUAUUUUGGGAAUUCAAUGUCACAUUGAGGACGAACCCAUCUUUGACAAAUGGGCGCUUUCAGGCAAACAUCACCCCAAGUAUGAUGUAUUCCACAGGAAAAUUCAGAAGUCAGGAAGAUCCCAGGACUUGCGGAAAGCUUUGGCACAACACAUGGCGGCAGUGGACGCCAUCACUGGAAUUCCUGUGGACAACAUCAGCCCAGCCCACUCAAAGGCUGUUUUCGAAUCCAUGCAACAACUGACAAAUGACAAAGGCCAUAAAAUCUUUACAGACUUGGAGCCUCAUAAGACUGCUGCAGUCACUGGAAAGCACUAUGUGUUAUGCCACAAGGAUGACCGGGAUCUGGCAGUUCAGGAACUGCAAAAACUGUUUGAUGUGAUGCCAACAGCACAACACUUUCAAGGCAAAAAGCCAUCAAUACCUGAGAGACAGCCACGGCCACCAAAAGACACCAGGUUUGACGAUUACUCUGUUGCACUGUCUCUGACACCAGGACUUUCCAAGAUAGAAGAGAUGAGGGAGACUCCCUGGGGAGCAUCUCUUUGA